ACUUAUAUUACUUCUGGGAUGUUGACUGUACGCCAUUACUGUACGAGCUCCGUUCACAGAUACCUUAUUUACAUUAACGUUUCGGGAAUGGCGAACUGUCCUGCGACAACUAGGCGAAACAGCCGAACCCUGAUCGAUAGCCAAGGCAUUCCAUGGGGACAAUGGCCUAAAGAGACACUACGAGGAAUCUACGCUAUCAAACAGGGUGGAUUGGUCAUCUACGUGGGGAGGUCCGGCAACCUAAAUCAACGUCUGAGGUCACACUGCUACAGACGCCUAGAAGAGGACCAACAAGCCAUCGACAGACAUAUUCGUCGUACCGCUGCCUGGAGGCUUAGCUACAACUACGUGGUUGACCCCAACCAGAGGUUUAAUGAGCGCUGUUACGUACACUUUAUUACUCUCUUGCAAGGCCGGCCGCCGAGGUUCAACAAAAGGAGGGGAGAUGCGUGUGCCCAGUGUCAGAGAAUAUGAACCUGGUGACAAGGAAACAAAAUGUGCGAUUUUCUGAAACGAAAUCAAGAAUGUCAUGAAUCAGUUAAAGCAGGAGACUGACCUGACUUACCUAUAACUGACUGAAUAAUGUGUAUAUACAUCUGAUAUUUGUGUUAAUCUUUGCCACAUUCAUUCACGAUUUGGUCCUAACGUGGACAAUCAGU